CAGAGAGCAAAACAGAAUGGUAGAGUUUCGAGACUAGACGCGAAGCACUUUCAGUGAUUGAGGCCAUAGCCACAUGGAUAGCUGUCAGAACGAGGCUGUGACCAUCACGAGAUUGACGAAAAAGGUGGAUUCCAAGCUGUCGAGCCCUGGUAGCGCCACACAAGCUUCCUCUUCUUCGCUCCACUUGGCCCCUUCUCCUUGGCGCCCAGCGAGGAGGUCUCAAUCUGAAUCGCAAUGACUCGAAUGUGUACUACCUAUGAGGUGGUUGUAAAGCUUGCAAAAUAAACAUAAAGCAUGAAACUGUGUAUAUGAAGUCUCUGUAUUUGAAGAUGACCAGCUUUGCCGUCAAGUUUUUUCUCGAGAGAGUUCGAAAUCAGUUGAUCAGGAGACUGGUUGUCUUUAAAGGUGCAGCGGUUCAUAUGCGAGAACUUUAGAGGUUUUGCUUCAAGGGUCGUUGACUUUGCUGCAGUAUUAGGUUUUCAAGGUCUGUGGACUGAAGGUAUUGAAGGUCAGUGCAAGUGCAGCAGACUCAUUGUUGUUGUGCUUCGGCAGGGAAGAGCUAGCAAUGGUCGAUUCCAAUAUGGGAAAGACUGGGAUGGACAGUGUAGACAAAAAUAAGCAGCUGGGGCGUCUUGCUACGAACAUCAUUCCACACAUAACCUGUACAAUUGCACAGCAACAGCAGCUGACUUUGAUAUAUACGCUCCGAAUGCAACUUUCGAGGAUCCCCUAAUGCAAGCUCACGGUGUGGCGCAGAUCAAGUCUGCUUUCUACGCUAUUCCCAAGGUUUUCAAGGAAGGCAGAAUCGUGGAGUAUACAGUAGAGGAGGAAGAAAAGACUCCUACUUCGGGAGAGAUCCGGCUCCAUAACUUGCAGCAUUACAAGGUCAUGUCCAAGCAUAUCGAAAUGCGCUCACUCAUAAAACUUCAGGUUGAAGGAGGAAAAGUAGUGAGGCAUGAGGACCUGUGGGACAAGAACCCAUUGUGGAAUCGAAACACGGUGAAGCUACCGCUGGUGGGGCGACUGGCAGAAACAUGGCGUAGGGGUAACAUGAUGGCCACCCAUGUCUGCAUGGGCUUCGGCAAGGAUCGCUAGCGACCUUCAGAAACCUGUAUGCGAGGGACUCGUACUAACUAGUGUCUAUGCGGCAGGCUCAUGCCAUUGUAAUGAUCGCACGAAGAUACACUGUUCAUCUUUUUCUUUGCGUUCA